AUGCAGGUCUAUAUUGUUCAUGUACAAAAGCCUGACAGCACGAGCUUCCGUCGGUUCAAGGAUCGGAAAGAGUGGUACGCGUCCUUCUUGCCCAACACCACCCUCGACUCCGGCAAGCCGCGCAUGGUCUACGCGUACCGCCAAGCGAUCAGCGGCUUCGCAGCGUGGCUCACCUCUCAAGAAGUAGAAGCCAUGAAAUCUACGGAUGGCGUUCUCGUAGCCUACCCCGACAGCGAGUAUGAUGCUCAAACCACCUACACCCCGGAGUUCCUAGGACUAAACGCAUGGGAGGACGGCGUUUGGUACGACUCUCAAUACGGGGCGGGGCAAAUCAUCGGGGUUAUCGACACCGGAUUUAAGCCCGGUCAUCCUUCCUUCAGGGAUACUGAUGUAAAUCCGCCGCCAGAGACGUGGAACGGAAGCUGCUACUGGAAACAUUCCGUGUGCAACAACAAGCUCAUCGGUGCAGUGGGAUACAAGCAUGGGCGCACCGUCUCACCUGAAGACAAGAACGGUCAUGGAACCCACACAGCGAGCACAGCUGCGGGGAAUUUCGUGGAUGAUGCUCACGUACUCGGCAUGGCACGCGGCACGGCGUCAGGGACGGCACCUAAAGCUCAUCUAGCAAUCUAUAAGGUGCUACACAUCACCAAAACUGCGAGUACUGGUACGGUUGUCAAAGCGCUUGUUAGUGACACAUUGAGGGGCAUCGACGAAGCGAUCCGGAAUCACGUAAAUGUGCUAUCCAUGUCCCUCGGGUUGGAGAAGCAACGGCUGCAUGCGGACUCUAUUGCCAUAGGAUCAUACGCAGCAAUCACCAAAGGGAUCGUCCCGGUGGCCGCUGCCGCAAAUGCAGGCCCCUUCGCGAGUGUCAUAGCGAAUGAUGCGCCGUGGAUACUUACCGUCGGAGCAAGCACUACAGACAGGAGGAUAAGGGCCAUUGUCAAGCUCGGAAACGGUAUGGAGCUCUUCGGCGAAACAGCAUACCAGCCGGAGGGAUUCAACUCGACUCAGCUACCGUUGGUUUAUCCAGGGGUGCGAAAGACGCAAAAGACCUUGAAUUGCUUGAACGGCUCCAUGGACACUUUCGAUGUUAAAGGGAAAAUCGUGUUGUGCGGGGUUGGACAUAUUACAAACAUCGAAAAGGGUGAGAUCGUUAAGGCAGCAGGCGGUGCGGCGAUGAUACUAAUGAACCAGCCGUGGAAUGGGAACACGACGUUCUCCGAACCCCACGUCAUCCCGACGGCCCAUGUGAGCUUCAGCGAUGCGUGGAAGAUCAUCACGUACUUCAACUCCACGCCUAACGGAACAGCAGCAAUCACCUUCAACGGCACACAAUACGGCGUUCAACCAUCACCCUCGGUGGCUUACUUCUCGUCUCGCGGCCCUAGCCUCAUGAACGGCAACAUCAUCAAGCCGGACGUCAUCGCACCGGGCGUCAACAUUCUAGCCGCUUGGCCGUUCGAGGUAGGACCUAAACCCAACCACACCCUUCCGCCCACAACUCACACAUUCAACUUCGAAUCGGGAACGUCGAUGGCGACCCCUCACGUGGCCGGCAUUGUGGCAAUGUUAAAGAAUAACCAUCCUGAUUGGUCUCCCGCCGCCAUUAAGUCGGCAAUAAUGACUACAGCUUACACAGUCGACGUCAAUGGGAAGCCUAUCGGCGACGAUUCCAAGCCCAUGGGGACCCCAGCUAGUGCAUACGCCAUGGGCUCGGGCCACGUCGACCCGACGGCGGCCAACAAUCCAGGCCUCAUCUAUGACCUUCACCAUCAAGAUUAUAUCCAUUACCUCUGCGGCAUGGGCUUCACCGACAAACAAGUCGAAGCCAUCGGCCGCGGUAAGGUGCAGUGUUCUAAGGUCCGCGCGAUCAGCCCGGAACAGCUGAACUAUCCUUCUAUUGCCGUGUACCUAAGUGCUAAUACGACCGAGGUGACGGUCAACCGAACGGUGACGAAUGUCGGGGACGCCGUCACGAGCUAUGAGGUGAAGUACGACGAACCGGAAGGAGUGAGAGUCGAAGUUACGCCUGAUAUGCUGGAAUUCUCCCGUGCCGGGCAGAUGAAGGAUUUUCGAGUCAAGUUGAGCAUCAAGCCGGGGAGCCCAACAGUUAGGAUGGCAGGGCAAGUUGUCGAGGGGCAAAUGGCGUGGUCCUCCGGAAAGUACUACGUAAGGAGUCCUAUUGUCGUCACAAUGCAGUGA